AUGGAAAUAAGUGACAGAACAGCCAAAGAAAGACAAAGGCGAGAUUACAAUAACCUUUUGAUCGAGAAAUUGAAAGUGCUUUUACGUAAUCCACAAGACGGCAAUUUGACCAUUGAACAAGUUUUAAAACGAGCUCACAAAAAGGUUACCCAACUGGAAAGAGAAUCAUCGUCAGACCCAAUACGUGCCGGUAUUUUUCAAGGCCUUUCGAAAGUGGAAUCUCUUGUUAUCUUUUUCAUUGAGUCGUUGAAAUUAGAUACAUUUAAUAGUAACGAGUGCAUUGACUUUGUCAAAAAAAUGUUCGCUAUAGAGUAUGCUGGAUACAAUGGGAGCAGAGUGGUUUCUGAAGGAUCUACUUCGAAAACCACAACUUUCGUGACAGAUAAGGAAAUGGAUAGAAAAAGUGUGAAGAAUAGUAAAGAACAGAACAGAAGAGAUAGACACGUAGAAGGUUACAAUGCGUUAGAAGAGUUCAUUCGCAAAUCUAAUAUUAGUCCAGCUGCUAAAGGGAAGCUGCAAAAAGUUGUCAUUUUAGAAGUGAUUAUAAAAUAUAUUAAAAACAAAAGUCAAGUGGAUGUUCAUGAAAGCUCGGAACGCCUGUUGCAGAAAAAUAUUGGAAUUCAAAUUGGCCAUAAGAAAGGAAUAAAUAUAGCACUUCAGGUUUUCCAGAAAAACCAACUACUUGUUGUUCACACAUUUGCUCUUGGGUUAUACUUGAACUCACUAAACCUGCAGCUAACCUCCGGACUGCCAGUAUCUCCACUUCCAGCUCCUCUUCUGCCACUAUCAAACAGUUCAACACUUAUAACACCUCCAAUCACACCACCAUCUGUUCCUCAACGCCAAUCCAGCAUUGUUCCAAUGUUACAACAGUUUCAAAGUGUAUUUCCAAUGGGACUACCGACCGGACUUCCACUAAUCCUAUCAACGCCAACUACCAUCAACUCGUUUUCACAGUCACCUACGGGAUCUUCAUUGACGUCUUCUUCGAGGGUGUUUUCUGAAGACUCAUCUAAUUGUUCAUCUCAAAAUUCUACAGUUUCCGACAACCCAAAAAGAUUUUUCCGACCAUGGUGCUAG